AUGAAGGUCACCAAUGUUGUUCUGGCUGGUGCUGCCGUCGGUCUUUCCACGGCCAACCCAGUCAACAAGCGUGCAAUAAGCGAUGCUGAUAUCCUGAACUACGCUUUGACGCUCGAGCAUCUCGAGGCCUCCUUCUACCAGGAAGGUCUCCAGAACUACACCCAAGCGGACUUUGUGAACGCUGGCUACAUGGACCCCUUCUAUGCCAACCUCAUGGAAGUUGCUUCUGAUGAGCAGACCCACGUGAGCUUCCUGACUCAGGCUCUGACAGCCGCUGGUGCAUCCCCAGUCGCGGCCUGCAACUACACUUUCCCAUCCACCGAUGUGAAGAGCUUCCUUGCUCUUGCCAGUGUCUUGGAGGGCGUCGGAGUCAGCGCUUACCUUGGUGCUGCCAGCAGCAUCAUGGACGCUACCUACCUUACUGCCGCAGGUAGCAUUCUGACCGUCGAAGCACGACACAGCGCAUACCUACGAGCCUACCUGGGCGAGAGUCCAUUUGCCCAGGCCUUCGACAACCCCCUCGACUUCAACGAAGUCUACACCCUUGCCGCGCCCUUCAUCACUGCCUGCCCUUCCACAAACGGAAAGCUCCCCGUGAUGGCAUUCCCUACUCUCACAAUGAGCUCCACAAACACACUGAUGAAUGGAUCUACUGUCCAGCUUACAGCCGGAAGUGGUUUUAACACCUCCAGCACCAACCUGUACGCUGCUUUCAUUACCGUCACUGGUCCCGUUUGGGCCCCCUUGCAGUCCAGUGGUAGUGGCAUGUUCACUGUCACUAUUCCUAGUGGAGUUGCUGGCCAGAGCUAUGUUGUUCUUACACAGGGAAACACCACGGCAACCGACGAUAACAUCGUUGCGGGUCCUGCUAUCGUUGAGAUUGGAAAGGCUAUGGGUGGUGUAGGUAUGUCUGGGUGCUCGUCGUCGAUGACUGCUACCAAGAGUGGUGCAAUGAGCAGCACUUCGGCUACAGCCCCGGCUUCGUCGUCCCCAUUGUACAAUGCCGCUGUCCAGAAGAUGUCUGGUAGUAUGUUUGGCGUUCUGGGUGCGGGUGUACUUGUUGCUGCUGCGCUUGUUUAA